UCGUAUGAACUUUGCGACAAGUAAUUUGCUGGAACAAACAACAAAAGUAUCGAAUUCAGAACGCUAGUAUCGAUAAGCCUUGGUAUAUUUAGCUUGAUACGCCCAGUCUUACCCGAUACUCGGGGCGAGCAGAUCUGGUUUGCAGUCAGGUCAUCUUCGCAUGUUUUGAAAUGGCACAUAAAUCUUUCUUGUUGGCUGUUUUUGUGCUGUAUUCAAGUCGAAUUCAAGGGUCCAGUGCUGUGACUGAUGUGUUUGUGAAGAGAGGAGAUGAUGUACUUCUGGAAGUCAUGGAUGAUGCUCCAAAGGAAUUUGAUUUGUUUGUCUGGACAUUUGAUACAAGCAAUAGUAAAAAAUUAGUAAGAUAUUCACCUGGUGGAAAACCAAGAGUCUCUGAAGGUUACACUGGAAGAGUUGAGUUCUCUGUGGAAAAUUACUCAGUGAAAUUGAAGAAUCUACAAGAUGACGACAGUGGAGUUUAUACAGCACGUGUGGUAGGAGAUAAAGAACAAACAGUAGCUAAAUACAUGGUCACAGUUCAAGGUCCAGUGUCUCCAGUUGAUCUGAAUCCAGACUCUGUGUCCAUCAGCUCAGACUCCUGUAACCUCACUGUGACCUGCAGCACAGAGGACUCACACAUCAGCAGCACUUUCACAUGUGACACCAAAACCUGCUCUCAGGAGGGAGGAGACCAGUCAAAGGUCACCAACUCUGGUGCUUCCCUCCAUGUCCACCUGCUCAAUGACGCAAUCAUCUGUAACCAUAGCAACCAAGUCAGCUGGACUCAGAAGAAGACACAGCUUCAGCAUCUCUGUUCUCUACAUGGCGGGUCCAGUGCUGUGACUGAUGGGUUUGUGAAGAGAGGAGAUGAGGUACUUCUGGAAGUCAUGGAUGAUGCUACAAAGGAAUUUGAUUUGUUUGUCUGGACAUUUAAUACAAGCAAAGUUUUAGUAAUAUAUUCACCUGGUGGAAAACCAAGAGUCUCUGAAAGUUACACUGGAAGAGUUGAGUUCUCUGUGGAAAAUUACUCAGUGAAAUUGAAGAAUCUACAAGAUGACGACAGUGGAGUUUAUACAGCACGUGUGGUAGGAGAUAAAGAACAAACAGUAGCUAAAUACAUGGUCACAGUUCAAGGUCCAGUGUCUCCAGUUGAUCUGAAUCCAGACUCUGUGUCCAUCAGCUCAGACUCCUGUAACCUCACUGUGACCUGCAGCACAGAGGACUCACACAUCAGCAGCACUUUCACAUGUGACACCAAAACCUGCUCUCAGGAGGGAGGAGACCAAUCAAAGAUCACCAACUCUGGUGCUUCCCUUCGUGUCCACCUGAUCAAUGACGCAAUCAUCUGUAACCAUAGCAACCAAGUCAGCUGGACUCAGAAGAAGACACAGACUCAGGAUCUCUGUCCCCUACAUGCUGGGUCCAGUGCUGUGACUGAUGUGUUUGUGAAGAGAGGAGAUGAGGUACUUCUGGAAGUCAUGGAUGAUGCUACAAAGGAAUUUGAUUUGUUUGUCUGGACAUUUAAUACAAGCAAAGUUUUAGUAAGAUAUUCACCUGGUGGAAAACCAAGAGUCUCUGAAAGUUACACUGGAAGAGUUGAGUUCUCUGUGGAAAAUUACUCAGUGAAAUUGAAGAAUCUACAAGAUGACGACAGUGGAGUUUAUACAGCACGUGUGGUAGGAGAUAAAGAACAAACAGUAGCUAAAUACAUGGUCACAGUUCAAGGUCCAGUGUCUCCAGUUGAUCUGAAUCCAGACUCUGUGUCCAUCAGCUCAGACUCCUGUAACCUCACUGUGACCUGCAGCACAGAGGACUCGCACAUCAGCAGCACUUUCACAUGUGACACCAAAACCUGCUCUCAGGAGGGAGGAGACCAGUCAAAGGUCACCAACUCUGGUGCUUCCCUCCGUGUCCACCUGCUCAAUGACGCAAUCAUCUGUAACCAUAGCAACCAAGUCAGCUGGACUCAGAAGAAGACACAGAUUCAGGAUCUCUGUCCCCUACAUGCUGGUGAGACUGACAGACUGAUUAAAUAAAUGAAAUGAGUGGGUUUGAAGUAUCUUUUGAAAGUCAGUAGUUUUACAGUUUAAGUUUAUUUAUACUUAUUAGGGUUCAGUCGAGCAAUUUAGAUGCAUAAAAGACAUUUGUUCUCUAAUUUUGUGUCUUGAAAAUAUAAAUUUGUUUUAAACUCAUUUUAAAUAUAAAUGAAGGCAUCUGUUAAGACAUUUAGACACAGAACCAGUACAGUCAAUCAGUAAAUUGUCCACUGAUGCUGAGUUUUGUUUGGGUUUUCUUGUAAAAUAAUAUCCACUUGUAGUGAGACUUAAACUGUUCACCUCUGGACUAAACAUCUAUGUUUCUGUUCAUCACCACAGAUUAACUAGGAAAACUGUUUUAUUUCUGAAUUUCUAGGACAUAGUUGCUCAAAGGUAAAGCUUCCAAGACAUAACGCUGUACAGGGUCUGAACAUCGCCUCGCACCCUAUUAGUGCAAUUGUCAUUCCUGUGAUAGCUGUUGUUGUCCUUAUGAUGCUUGUUGCAUUUUACUGCCAUCGUAAGUUAUUGUAUCUUUUUUAUUUAUUACAAAACAGAAAGAUGAAUCUAUUUUAUUACCUGCUGCCUCACCCAUUAGUACUGUUUAUUCAGCAAUCCAGUAACACUAAUCAUACAGUUAAAGUUAUUCUGUAUUUAGUUUUCAUGGUAGUUUACAGCUGUUCUUCAGAAACAACAAAUGUUGAGACAAGCACCUGUGUUUUAGAGCCUCUAGUCUAUGUGCUGCUUUAAGAUCAUUCGUUCUCUGAAUCCUUCACUUGUGAUCACCCACAUUAUAAAACAUCACAUAUGGAGACUUUAAGUGUGUGUCUGUGUGACAUAAGAGAUAUUAACACAUGCAUGACAUUUGGACUCCACAGGAACAACUUUAGAAGUUCAUUAAUACCUUCAGUGUGCCAGCUUCUUCUCCUCAUAAUAAACUGAUGAACUUACUGAUGAAUUCCUGACUUUCUGAUGAAAUAGUCUGUUUAUUGUUCAUGUUUCCUGACUUGUAACCAAAUUGGCCUCGGGUCCAUAGAGUGCAUAUUAAAGAUGUACGGCUCCUCUAAAGUGACGCCAAAGCAGCUAGAGCUCCCCCUGGUGACUGACUGCAGUAUAGGUCUUAAACUAAAACGCGAAAACUAAAACAAUAAAUUACACUUCAAAUAGCUGUUUUUCAAUGAUGGUUUCUGCCUUUUUAGGUAGUUAAUAUAAUACUGGUGCAUGUUCAAGUGUCCAGGUAACACGAUGAACUAAUGAUGAAAGCAAAAACAGAAAUAAAUCACUGCUCAUUAGCAUGAAAACUAAGAAUAAUGUGAACACAAGACUGAGGCCAAAUCUGCACUCAUUGUCUUAUGAUGUCAUGCUAAUAGAAACGUGUACUUUCUCAAGGAUAGGGUACAGAUGAUCAAACACUUGUAAAAAUGUUGACUGUCUUUUUAU